UUCUAGCCAGCCUGAACACGCCGGCACUGGCCAGCAUGCAGGCCUCUGCGGAGGCCAACUCGCUGGACAUUCAGGCCAUGCAGUCCAUGGACUGGCUGUUCAAGAAGGAGCGUAUAUACCUGCUCGCCCAGUUCUGGCAACAGAGGGCGACAUUGGCGGAAAAGGAAGUUUCUGCAUUGAAGGAGCAACUUGCCGCGGCAAAUGAUGGGAACUCGAAGACUGAGGGACAUAAAUUGUCUCAGACUCCACAGGCAAGUGAUCAGCAGCAGGUACACGAUGCCAGCAAUCCCAGGAGGACGCCGAACAGCAACCUGGAACAGGAACUGCAAGCGAAGGACAAAGAGAUCAGUCAGCUGGUCGAGGAAGUGUCCAGGUUACAGCAGAGCCUGCAGCGUCUUCAAGAGACGAGCGCACAGGCGACGGCGCGGCUCGAGGAAGAACUCGAGGCGCGCAGACAGCACAUCAACAGACUAGAGAGCAAACUAGAACGACAGAGGGACUAUGACGACCUAAAACGCGAGAUAAACGCACUAAGGUCGGUCGAUCUCUCACAGAUACCAACCGGUGAACCUGGCAAGAGCUUGGAGCACCUUCUAAUGGAACGCUCGAAGGCGCUUCAGCAAACCGAGAGCUUGAAGCCAUCCAAUACUCCGGACGCGCUCGGUGGACUAUCGUCACCCCUGCAGCGCGCCUCAACCGCCUCACCCCACGUGGUCGGAGGUGUGCCGCCUUCGUCCCACGUGUCCUCCCAGCAACCACCGCCACCGCCCCCAGCAGCAGUCUCCCUACCUCCGCGUUCCACUCCGACACCAUCUUCGGCCACCUCGACGACAUCCAGUCUCCUCUUCCCACCUCCUCUGCAAAACGUCGAGACCUUCGGCUCCUUCCUCGGCGAAGAGAUCGUCGCAAACUGGAGGCGGACGUUGGAGAGGUCCAUCAUGAACCAACAGCAGCAGCAGCAACAACAACAGCAACAACAACAACAUCAACAGCAGCAGCAGCAGCAACAGACGACUUCUUUAAGUCAAUUGUCGCAACAGCAGCAGCAACAGUUACAGCAAGCUCAACCACUGAUCGGUUUACACCCACCGACCACUAGCAGUAGUUUAAAUCAUCUUCCAUCGCCAACGGAUCCAUCAUCCAGCUCCAAUACGCCAGCCAAAUCGAACACCCCGUUAGGAACCACUCCAUUGAGUUGCCUUGACGCCGAGAAGGCACCGACCCCGGUGUCCGGACACGAAACACCCGCGCCACCUACCCCAUCUUCUACCACCGCGUUGACAUCACCGCCGAGCUUUCAACCGCCGACGUCGAUGGUCGAGACAACAACCUCCUCCGCUUCCGUGAACGGUGGAAGCGUGACACCCGCCGUUUCAACGGCACCACCACCUAAGAGCCCAGCAGACCAGGAAUCCUGCCACAAUAACAAUAACAGUCACCAUCUAGCGAACAACAACAUCGGAGGUCUGAGUGUGCUGGACACACUGAAGAGCCCGUUUCGGUUCGACGAUAGGACGCAUCCGUUUCGAUUCAGCGACGAAUUCGGUGCUGCUGGAAUGGCUGGAAGAUUGGGUGAAUCACUCAUCCCAAAGGGCGACCCUAUGGAGGCUAGGCUCCAAGAGAUGCUACGGUACAACAUGGACAAGUACGCCUCGCAGAAUCUAGACACGCUGCACAUAGCCAGGAGGGUCAGGGAGCUGCUGUCGAUACACAACAUCGGUCAAAGGCUGUUUGCCAAGUAUGUGCUCGGCCUCAGCCAAGGAACCGUCAGCGAGUUGCUAAGCAAACCGAAGCCUUGGGACAAGCUGACGGAAAAAGGUCGCGAUAGCUACAGGAAGAUGCACGGCUGGGCGUGCGACGAAAACGCUGUAAUGCUGCUUAAAUCUCUGAUACCCAAGAAAGAGUAUGUUUCAGGCAAGGAGCAGGGAAUGCCAGCGUUCGCGCGUGGUCCACAGGAAGGUGGUCCGCCGGAAAUGAGUGACGAAAGGUUGGCGCAUAUCCUCUCAGAAUCGGGCCACCUACAGAUGAGGGGUGAGCACGAGGUGUCGAACGACGCGGACAGCAAAAGUCCAAAUAGAAUCGGUUGUCCGAGCCCAUUUAACAAAGACAGGCUCGACAGUCAAAAUAGGAGACUGAAGAAAUACGAGAACGAUGACAUUCCGCAAGAAAAGGUAGUCAGGAUUUACCAGGAGGAGCUGGCUAAACUUAUGGGAAGAAGGGUGGAGGAUCUACGUGGACCCAGAGAGUUCUCUUCCAGCGCGAUGUUCCCGCACUUUUUCAGCGGCACGCAAGGUGGUCUUCAGGGUAUAGAGCGGACGCAGGAGGACAUCAGGUUGGCGCUUGACGCGUACCACCGUGAGCUACAGAAGCUGAACGCGACACCAGGUCAGAAUCCCUCGUUGACAGGACUGCCAGGACUACCUGGCCUGCCUGGCCUCUUGGCUCUACAGCAGCAAGCGCUUCAGCAACAUCAUCUCGCUACAAACGGUGGUGGUGUCCAAGAUCUGAGCCUCGGUAAAGUCGAUCCAAGAAAUAAGAUGAUAAACGGAGUGUCCGAGGAGGAGAAAGAGAAGAUAGAGGAAGCGAUGAGACACGCAGGAAGUGCUUUCUCGUUGGUCAGGCCAAAACAGGAACCAACCACCGCACCCCAAUCGACGCCAGGUGGAUCUAGCGCGAGUUCACCGCUUGGCAACUCUAUUCUUCCACCAGCAAUGACACCUAGCGAGGAAUUCUCGGGUGCAGCGGCGGCCAGUCCUCUUCAGAGGAUGGCCUCUAUCACGAAUAGUCUGAUCAGUCAACCGUCCACGCCUACCCACCACGCGGCCAACCAGAGGCCACUGAAAGCUGUACUUCCUCCCAUUACCCAGCAACAGUUCGACUUGUACAAUAACUUGAACACAGAGGACAUUGUUAAGAGAGUGAAGGAGCAGUUGUCUCAAUAUUCGAUCUCGCAACGUCUGUUCGGUGAAUCCGUGUUGGGCCUGUCGCAGGGUUCCGUGUCAGAUCUGCUGGCGCGUCCGAAGCCAUGGCACAUGCUGACGCAGAAAGGCCGCGAGCCCUUCAUCAGGAUGAAGAUGUUCCUCGAGGACGAUAACGCGGUGCACAAACUGGUCGCCAGCCAAUACAAGAUCGCGCCAGAGAAGUUGAUGAGGACCGGCGGCUACGGUGGCCUGCCUCGUAAGUUUAACUCAGCCUGUGGAACACCAAUGAAGCCAAUGCCUCCGACGAAACUGGUACAGGAACAGCUACAGAACGCAGCGAAGGCGCAAGCAGCGGCGCAAGCUGCGGCUCAGGCAGCAGCGCAACACCAGCAGGAGAAUCAAAUGCAGCUUGGUCCGCCUCAACAGAGUCCGCAACACCCUCAACACCCACAGCCACCACCGCCAAUGAUGCUGACACCACCUGGACCUCAUCAUCCCCAUUCUCAGCUCAGCAUGCAGGAACUGCAGAAAAAGCAACAGCAGCAACAGCAACAGCAGAUGAACCUUCAUUCCCCGCAUCACCAAAUGACCCCAUCACCUCUCCGUGGUCUUCAUCCACAUAUCUCGCCGAGUGUAUACGAAAUGGCCGCGUUGACGCAAGAUCUGGACACGCAGACGAUUACGACGAAGAUCAAAGAAGCGUUGCUUGCCAAUAAUAUCGGCCAGAAGAUCUUCGGCGAGGCUGUGCUCGGACUGUCGCAAGGCUCGGUCAGUGAAUUACUCAGCAAACCAAAGCCAUGGCAUAUGCUGAGCAUAAAGGGCAGAGAACCUUUCAUAAGAAUGCAAUUGUGGUUAUCGGAUGCGCACAACGUGGACCGAUUACAGGCGCUGAAAAACGAGCGUAGAGAGGCGAACAAAAGAAGGCGUAGCAGCGGGCCAGGUCACGAUAAUAGUUCCGACACCUCGAGUAACGACACGGCCGAGUUCUAUCACGCAGCGUCGCCCGGACCUGGACCAGCCUCCGCUAAGAAGCAAAGAGUCCUCUUCUCCGAAGAACAGAAAGAAGCUCUGAGGCUUGCCUUCGCGCUCGAUCCAUAUCCCAACGUGGCCACCAUCGAGUUCCUCGCUGGUGAACUAGCGUUAUCCUCGCGGACGAUAACCAACUGGUUUCACAAUCAUCGGAUGAGACUGAAACAGCAGACGCCACACGGUCAGCCGGAGCCUCAAUCGCCAAGAGAACCUGGCCAGCCAUUCGACCCAGUCCAGUUUAGAUUGCUGUUAAACCAAAGACUGUUGGAGAUCCAAAAAGAGAGACUAGGCUUGGGCAACGUGCCUCUGCCUUACACGCCGUACUUCAACCCUAAUCUGGCUGCCUUAGUAGGGAACGCGCUCAAGGAACAGUGUUCCGGUCUGGAUCUUUCUAUGAACGCUCUGAAGAGGGAGCCAAACCAAGAAUUCGAGGACGAGGAUGUGGAAGACGCUAUGAGCAAUCUCGGUAGCGAGGAUUCGGAAGGAUCUGCGGGGAGUAUAAAGAGAGAACCGGCGGAAACGCCUACAGCACCGGCCACUGUCAGAUCAAACAGAAGAAAACCUGCAGCGCCGCAGUGGGUGAAUCCUGAGUGGCAGGAACCAGCCAGAACAGGGGACGAAGUGAUCAUCAAUGGUGUCUGCGUGAUGCAAACGGAUGAUUACGGCGUUAAGAGAGAAGCCGAAGAAACGAUUAGGGUAGAACCGACUCCGGUACAGGACAGAUACGAGGAAGACGCGCAAAGUGACGUGUCUUCUGUGUCUGGAAACAACGGUCAGGACCGAGAUAGCCCUCUGCCCAGUCCAAAGUCUGGACAGAACAGUCCGGUGACCUCGCCCAGGCCACCCUCGACGCAGCAGACGCAGCAGUCCACCGAUGAGAGUCCCAAGGACAGCGUGGUGAAACACGAACCCGAGGAAACGUGGGAUUAUUAAGGAACUCUCUGUCUCUCUUGUCGUGAUAUCGUUACUUUCACAGGAUCAAAGAGGGAACGCUAAGAGUGAGGACGUUGUCGAAACAUGCCAAAACGAUGCUGCGAGUCGCAUACGGUCCCCGUAUCCGCGUGGACCGCGGGCCUAGUUAAGUUCUUAGAGAGGAAGAAAGAGCAAAAAAAAACCAGUCAUAGGAUUCGACCAGGCCUGGUUGGUCGAUUCCUGCCUACCACGAGGGCAUUAUCAAUAGGGAGGCAAAUACAAAGUAGGAUACGUGAAAUGGUAAAUUAAAAGAAACUAAAACGCAAAAAAAAAUAAGAAACAAAAGACGCAUCAGUGUAUGAGAAUUGUCGGUCGAACUUUUUUCGAAGACUAAACAACCAGACACACGCUGCUUUAUCAAAGAAGACGGAGCUCAAUCAAAAAACGAAAAAAAAAAAAGAAAGAAAGAACAGAACUGUUUUUCGUAACACACACGUGGUAUCUGUGCGAGAAAAGGGGUUAGUGAUGGUGUGCACAGUUGCUACGUAUUCGGCGAAUUCGUAAUUGUUAAAAGACUGUGACGCGACUGGAUAGCCUGGGGGAUAAAGAGUAGCAAAAGGCGUUCGUCGCACAUUCGCUCGAAAAAAUCCGAGGAAACCCUGGCCGCUUCCGUUUUUUCUUCGAUGGAUUUCGAGAGAGUUGGCUUCAGUUAGAAAAAGAUAAAGAGAUGAAGAACGCGGUGGAAGAGAUUGAAAUAGAACCGGAGGAAAGUAAAGAAAUAAAAGAAUACGAUGAUCGAUCGGUAAAACGGAAAUGGCCCGGAUUCAUAGAGUGCAAUCUACGAGUAACCAGAGAGUUGUUAGAUCAAAUUAUUAUUAAUUUUAUCUAAUUACGCGACGAAGAUGAGCGAUUAAUAAUUAUUGCAUAAUUGUGAUUCAUGUUAUAUUGUUUAUACACUUCUCCUAUCCCAAUAGUCGUUAAGCUGUUAAUGUUAUUACACUCCGCUCUCCGACUACGUACCUUUUUUUGUCUGUUCGGUUAGUAGGCGCGUCAUCUUUCGUGAAGAAGGAAAAAGAAAAAUAAGGCAACGGUUUAGAAAAGGAAAACGUGUCCUCUCGCUCUUUUUCCUGCUUCUUGCUUGUCCGCCAACCUAUGGAAUAGUAAACGUCAAUCCCUUAAGUAGAACUGGUUAGUAUUGUUAUAUCUAUCCUUUUUUCGUAUUUUAUUUGUUUCUCUUUUUUUUGAUGAUUCAACGCGCGUGGUUUUCGUUUGCUGUUCUCGUAUGGAUAAGCAGAAAAAAGCAGGAUCAAGCAAAAAAAAAAAAUCUGUCCACUUACGAAUAUAUAGUUCUUUAUGUUGUUUUUCUUUCUAUUUCCGCCUAGAGAAUUUGUGAAAAGAGGGAGAGUAAGAAAGAUAGUUAUACAAAGCGAUCGGUGAUCGAGGUUAUCAGUUACUACCAAUUAUUAAUGUAUUAUUAGGCUUACGUUAUCACUGCUAUUUUAUUAUUAUUGAAUAAUAUUAUUAUUACGAUGAUUAUUAUUAAUAUUAUUAUUGAUUAUAUUGUAUUAUUUUAUUACCAUUCGAAUUCUUAUCGCGAUAACGACACGGCUUCUAAAGCCAAUGUGAUAGAGCUUAUAUGCGAUGAUAAAAGUAAAUUGAUGAGAAAUUAACAAAUGAGAGAAAGGGAUUGAGAGACUGGGAGAGAGAGAGAGAGAAAUUAGAGCGAUGUGCCGGGAGGUCGGAGGCCUUCUUUUGUGCGAUGAAGAUGCGCCGGCAUCUUUAAACCGGACGUUAUAAAGCGGUGGCACCGUAAAGCUCGCAUCCACAUGUAAAUAGCUGUACAAAAAAGAAGAAAAAAAAAAAACGACGAAAGAAAGAGAAGAGAAGAAGAAGAGACUCGGAACAUGCGAAACAUUACACGUACAUGAUCUUGUAUAUUAUACUUAAUUACCACACUUAACUCUCUAAUAGCGGUAUAUUCACAAACACAGAGCUAAGGGCGCGAAUAGUGAACACUUAACGCCCCGUUUCCAAUUAAACGAUCGAACGAUAGAUAUAAAAUCGGUGGUCGUUGAACAACAAAUUUUAGGGGUAGUCCCUUUUUAAAAUGUACGAACGUAUAUAAUAUAUAUAUAUAUACAUAUGUGCAUAUUAUAUAUGUGUAUAUUAUAUAUGUACACACAUACGCACACACAGAGAGAGAUAUGUGGAAACGCGGCGUUAAGGCUGUUACACGCAGCGCGACAGGUGAACAUAAUUACGAAAAUUACCGUACACUAUCGAUGCCUGAGAAGGGAGAGGAAGUGAGGGUGAAUGCGUGUGCUUGUAUGUGAGAGAAAGGGGCAAAAAUUAUCCUCGAUAUUACGAAUCAAACUUGUAUUUACCAGAUUAAAUUUUAAUCUUCGAUUAAAUUCUAGUCCGCAAUUUAAACGAACGAUGGCUAAAGAGAGUGAGAAAGAUAGCAGAGUGAAAGAGUGGGAAGGAAAAAAGGGAUCGAAUGGAUGAACGAAUGGAAGGAAGGGAGCGAAUGAGUGAAAAGAAAAAAAGACGAUGCGCGAUCGAGACAGCCAACCAGUGAGAAAAACACUUAAACAAAAAAGGGCAUUGCUAAUUGAGAGACCAGUGAUCCGACAUUCUUUCUUUUCGAUUUACAUUUUUUCGUGAAAUCUAUAACCAUCGGGGGAAUAGUGUGAAACUGUAUACAAACGCUAUUAUCAUCAUCUUUAAACGCUAAUUAUCGCUAGUGUCACCCUCAUUAUUCUUCACGUUAUUAUUAUUAAUAUUAUUAUUUUACCAUUAUUAUUAUUAUUAUUAUUAUUUUAAUUCUUAUUAUUUUUAUUACUAUUACUACCGUUAUUAUUAUUAUUAUUAUUACAAUUACUGUCAUUACGAUUAUUAUCAUUACUGCUAUCGCUAUUAUUAUUACCUUUUAUCAUGAUUAUUAUGUCAUCGUUGUUCGUAACUUAAUGACAUCGACCAGUCGCAUGGGGCUGUCCGACGAUCAUCAUCAAUGGCAUCCAAAUAUAACAGACAAUGAUAACAUGAUAAUAUCAAAUCAAUAAACUAUAUAUAUAUAAAGAGCGUGUAACAAAGGGAAACGUAAAGAGAAACGCGUAUUAAAUAGCCGUGAAAAAUCGAUUCAGCCCGAUGAGACCGUCCGAUCGAUCGUCAAUCUCGUUAGGUUACGACGUCGAAAUUGCCGCGAAAAAAUGCCGAUCGUCGCCGAUCGUCGCGCGCAGCUGAUCAAACAAAACGUGUAACCGGAUCUUCCGGCGACGAUCAGCGCCAUGGUACACUCCCCUUUGUUUUCUUGCCCUCAAAAAGACCUACACCACCCACACCCCCACCUUUCUCUUUUCACGGUUUAUUUUUUCUCUUUUCUCUUGUUUAUUCGAACGAGACGCGAGGCAUAUAGGUUCUUCUGUAGAUACCGAAUAGACUCUAGAUAGCAGAUAGCUUUAAUUAUUUAAGCGGUAAACGGUAACUUUCUUAGACGAAGUUAAAAUCAUUCGCGAUCUUCGGCUGAGGAAUUUGUAAUAUAGGGUUGAACGCGGAGGUUCGCGCGGACAAAACCGAGCGGGGGUCGCAUAAAGGACCACCGAAAGGAGGGAAAAUCAUAUCGUAAACCUAAUAAUGAAUAUUUUACAGAAGCGGCGGCGAAAUAUAGGAGGGAACGAAAGAAAAAUAAACGUGAAUAAUAAGAGAGAGAAAGAAAAAAGAAUAAAAAUCGUAAAGAUAAACUCUGUAGAUAGACAGGUUCGGAAGCAUUAAAGAGAUACAAAGGAAACAAAAGUGAAAUAAGGAAACACAGAGAAAUAAUAAAACGGUUAUCGAGGCUCUUGUACAACGCGCGUGUUCUACGCGCCACGCGCGAAAUGAUCAAAAAAUGAGUAACAAAUUUUCGGGGAUAGAAAACAAAAAGAAGAAAAAAAAAAAAGGUAAAAUAGCGACGAGAGGAGCGAGAUAUUACAUGCCGAGAAAGGACAUUGUCAUUUCAGUAGUGAAAAUAAUUGUAUUUAAAAAAAAAAAAAAACACACAUGAGACGAAACGAGAGAAGGUUUACCUAACGUAAUAGUUUAUUGAUUUGUAUUUCAUUUCAAAUUGUAUUAUAGCUUAAAGAUUAUCCUGUACAUUGCAUACACAUACACACAUACACACUCACACACGAGCACUAUUGUUUUAAAUUGUACGUUUAUGAUUAUUAUACGAAGAUAAAAAAGAAAAAUAAAUAAGGUAUACAAAGUAUUGAA